AUGCUUCAGAAAAAAGCCAUUAUUUGUUUUUAAGAAAUAUAUCAAGAACUGAAAGAUUUAAAAACAGUCUUGGUUACCAUAGAAUUAUUGGAAUGGUUUAUAUAUUUAAUAUUAAUUGAUUAUUAAAUUUAUAUUUUUAGUAUUAAUCUUUAGUUUAUAUUUAUCAUAAGUAAUUUUAAUUUGUACAAAUAUUUAUUUAUUUCUAAACUAUUUUAUUAUUAAUCAAUUUUUUUAUAUGAUUUAAUUACAAAUAUACAAUAGAACUUUACUAUGUCUAUUGAUGUCGUUAUAGAGUCGUUGUUAUUUUGCUUAGUUGCAGAUGAAGAAAUGUUUCUUGGAAGAGAAAGGUUUUGUGAAGAUUAUGUAUUAGAUUAUAUGAAUAGUGUAACAAAAGAAACAUAAAAAAAGGAUUUAAUAGCUAUAGCUAAAAAAGGUUAAUAAGACAAUGAUUUAGAUAAUGAAAAGUUAGGUAUUAAUUUCAAAGAUUUAACUAAUUAUAUUAAUUAAAAAAAUUAAAGAAAAUUUAAAGUCUAAAGACAGUGA